AUGGAGUCCACGCCUCUGCUUCAAGUUCACAAAGAUUCAGAAGACAGAUCCAAGCUGGGCAAUCUCCUCAAAGCCAACAUCGUGUUGCUGAUCUUCCAUUUAUCUGUCAAUAUGCGGAGUCCAGUUCUCUCUCAGUACCUGUACCAGCGUUACUUAAGCGAGCUGGUGGACAAUGGAACAGACAGUUUCUCCACCAACGCAUCAUCAAAAUGUUUCGUGAACAAAUCAGAUCCAGCAUACCAAACUCACGUUCAGGCAGAAGAAAUGAGCAACAACUUGACGAUUAUGUUCAGCUACAUUAGCGUACCGUUAUGCAUUAUAACCUCCACGCUGCUUGGUUCGUACUCUGACUUUAUCGGUCGACGGAUUCUGUUUGUGGUUCCAUUGAUGGGCGAAGGUCUUCGUAAUGGACUGUGUACAGUGAUCAUGUACUGGGACAUGGACUUGAGAUAUAUGUACAUCGGGGAAGCCAUCACAGGGAUUACGGCUGGAUACAAUGGUGUAAGUCUAGCCAGCUAUGUGUACACCGCUGACAAUACACCACCUAAAGCAUCCAGGACGGUUGGAAUGGCUGUUCUGGACUUCACAACCUACUUCGCUGCAGCUCUAUCUCAAGCAGGGACUGGAUACUUUAUCACAUAUAUGGGUUUUGUUUGGCCUACCUUUGUCACAGCCGCUCUCGUAUUCCUCUCAGUAUUCUUCGUUGUUGUGCUUCUUCCAGAAACAGUUCCUCUUGAAAAGAAACAAUCGCCUUGCGUUGCGCCAACUAAAGCUAUUAAGAACGUUUUUGGAUUCUAUUUCUCCAAAGACUUUGGCAGAAAGAGGUCAUUGUUUUGGAUAGCUUUCAUAGCGCUCUUCGUCACAAGUGUGGGCAAUUCUGGCACGGGAUAUAUAGAUUACAUGCUGGUUCUUAAUCAACCAUUUUGCUGGGGACCGGAGAUGAUUGGCUACGUCAACAUGGCGGCCAUGCUGCUAAACCAGUUCCUGAGUGUUGGUGUGGUCAAGCUGUUUCACAUGUGUUCAACUGACGAGAUGAUCGCCAUUGUGACGGCACUGGUCAAAGGCGGCUCUGAUGUUCUUCAUGGUCUGGCCUACACUGAUUAUAUGAUAUAUGUUCAGACCGUUCUGUCAGCACUGGCUGCUCCAAUGAUGCCUGUAAUCAGAGGGAUCGUGUCAAGGAUGGCUCCAGGAGACGUUCAGGGCUCUUUGUUUGCGGGACUGACCGUGGCGGGGGCUGUGGCGUCUAUGAUGGGGAUGACGAUAUACGGGGCCGUGUACGAUGCAACCGUGGAGACGAUGCGCGGAUUCGUCUACUACACGUGCGGUGGAACACGCGCCCUGACAGCCGCCAUACUUGUGGUGUUUUACUGCGUGGCGCCGGGGAUACUACGCCAGAUCAAAACCGAGACGAUCAUUAUCAACGACCAGGACGAGAGGGCACACAUCGCCAAAUCGCCCAAGAAGCCAGUUCUGGAUUCUGAAGUGUAA